AUGGUCAUGGUCCAUAUUGAUUGUCAUCAGAAUGCAAUUCGUAGAAGUGGAGGUGGACGGAAUGUUGAUGAAUGGUCUAAAGCCUCUCUGCAUAAUGCCGGUGCCAAGUGCAACGCUCUAACUCCAAUAGCUAUUGGAACGGCAAGCGAAGCUGAUUGGGCCCUUGCCAUUAACAGGUACCAAGCUGAUCUGGAAGUGGCUGCUCCCGUUCCUCCACUGUGUCGUGCAAUUGUCUUUGUCGACAUUUGUGAGCUGAUCGAUAAAUUCGGCCAAGUUCACCAAAUAAUUGGGCUAAUUUCAAUUCAUCCAUCCAGAUCAUUCUCGGAAGCAUCCCAAGGAGGAGGGCGAGAGUCGAAUGCGCAGUACUUGGCCGUUCUACACCUGUUAGCUCUCUGCCUUCCACCAGACGAGUUACCCACUCGUAACGCUCGACAUCGUGUUGUGUCGUUCCUGAUGACUGAGCUUACCCUGCAAAGUUGGCUCGAGCAACGAGUUGAUGUAUUACGAGCUGCUCUAGCCGACUACACAACCGAAGGUCACGCCAAUACAUGGGAUUCGCUUCGACCUGUCUGUUUAACUUGGGCUUUUGUGGACCGAUAUUUCCGUGACGUCAUACCGAUUGACUCUGAAGACCGGUUAGAAUGGCUCCAAAGCCACAUCCUCGAAACCCUGCAUAAGACGUCAACUUUCGUGAAGAAGUUCGACGAAGAAAUUGCACCCUUAUCCGCUCCGGAGCCUUUUUGUGAACUAAUGGGUGUGUUUUAUGGCACUUUUUUCUGA